AUGGGCAAGGUUUGCGCCAUUUUUGGAGGAUCCCGAGGAAUAGGAAAAGCUGUUGCAGAAUUACUGGCACAGAAAGGCUGCCGCCUGGCGAUUAUUGCUAGAAAUCUGGAAGUAGCCCAAACCACUGCACGUAAUCUUGGUGCAGGACAUCUGGCACUUAGCUGUGAUGUGUCCAGUGAACAAGAAGUCCAAAAUACCUUUGAGGAGAUGCAGAGGAGUUUAGGUCCUAUUAACUACUUGGUUAAUGCAGCCGGGAUCAACAGGGAUGGCUUGUUACUGAGAACCAAGACUGAAGAUAUGGUAUCCCAGAUUCACACUAACCUUUUGGGGACAAUGUUGACAUGCAAAGCUGCUGUAAAAAGCAUGAUUCAACAACAGGGAGGUGCUAUUGUCAAUAUCGGAAGUAUUGUAGGACUUAAAGGCAACUCUGGUCAAAGUGUAUACAGUGCUACCAAAGCAGGAUUAGUUGGAUUUUCACGCUCUCUUGCUAAAGAAGUAGCAAAAAAGCAAAUUCGAGUCAACGUGGUUGCUCCAGGCUUUAUUCACACAGAGAUGACUGCUCAUUUGGAAGAAGAUCAGCUGAAGAAAGCAAUUCUUCUUGGAAGAUUUGGAGAGCCUCAUGAAGUUGCACAUGCUGUUGUCUUUCUUCUAGAGUCCCCUUACAUUACAGGGAGUACUCUUGUUGUAGAUGGAGGCUUGCAGCUUCUGACUUAAAUACUACCUUGCAUAAGUACCUACUUAAAUGUCAUGAUGGCAAUAUAUAAAUAUAUACUAAAAAAAGGGAGGCGGAUGGAAAUUAGUUGAAGAUUGAUAUAUGUAAUUGACUUGAUAUUAUUUAGAGGAGAAAGUCAGCAGUGGUAAAGUCCAGCAUGUAUGUUUAGCUACCUGAAAGA